AAGAAUCUCAUUCUGGUGAAGUCCUGACAAAAAGAAAUGGUGGUGAAGGUGUAUGGAGGUGCCUAUGGUUCACCAAAGAGGGUCAUCGCUUGUUUCAUUGAGAAGGAGAUCGAGUACGAUGUUGUCCAUAUCGAUCUCUUCAAAGGAGAGAACACAACUCCUCACUAUCUCAACUUGCAGCCUUUUGGGGCUCUUCCAGUCAUCCAAGAUGGAGACUACACAUUAUAUGAUUGGUUCGUUCAAACUAAAUUCGGGCAAGAAUUUUUCCUAUUUAGCUACGAUCAAUAUGGAAACAAUUACAAAGUGUUCCAAAAUUGGUGUAGAAUCCAGGGCUAUCAUAAGGUACUAUGCAGAGAAGUACAAGUCACAAGGAACUGAACUAUUGGGAAGGACUGUGGAGGAGAGGGGCCUAGUGGAGCAAUGGCUGGAAGUCGAAGCGCACAAUUUCCAGCCACCGCUCUACGACUUGGUAAUUCAUGUCUUGUUUGAUGGGAAAGAAGGUGUAAUCCCCGACGAAAAACGCAUCAAAGAAGACGAGGAGAAACUUGCACGUGUGCUGGACGUGUACGAGCAAAGGCUCUCCACGAGCAAAUACUUGGCCGGAGACUCGUUUAGCCUAGCCGACCUCAGCCACCUUCCGUUCGGUCACUACUUGGUGACUAGUUUGGGGAGGGAGUACAUGAUAAGGGACCGAAAGCAUGUAAGCCGAUGGUGGGAUGAUAUAAGCAGUAGACCAUCUUGGAAGAAGGUGCUUCAACUCCACCCCUAUGUGUUUUAAAUCUAUGUGGGAGAGAUAUUUUGGCUUUUGGUUCAUUUGAGUUGAUGAAUAAUAGUUGUGUUCUAGUACGGUCAUGUCUGGGUUUUGUUCUGCUUAUGUUGUCCAAACUCAGAAAUCUUGUGGAGGGAUUGAAUGGUGCAAUCAUCAAACAUUUUUGCUCAACUUUCCA